AUGUUGACGCCCUUUGGUUUCAUGGUGGGGCUUCCUGUGGUCCCCUGCCCUGGCCCGCGAUGCUCCCAGCCGGGUGAGACCUGUCUGAAUGGCGGGAAGUGUGAAGCGGCCAAUGGCACGGAGGCCUGCGUCUGUGGCGGGGCCUUCGUGGGCCCGCGAUGCCAGGACCCCAACCCGUGCCUCAGCACCCCCUGCAAGAACGCCGGGACAUGCCACGUGGUGGACCGCGGAGGCAUGGCAGACUACGCCUGCAGCUGUCCCCUGGGCUUCUCUGGGCCCCUCUGCCUCACGCCCCUGGACAACGCUUGCCUCACCAACCCCUGCCGUAAUGGGGGCACCUGCGACCUGCUCACACUCACGGAGUACAAGUGCCGCUGCCCGCCCGGCUGGUCAGGGAAAUCAUGCCAGCAGGCUGACCCCUGCGCCUCCAACCCCUGUGCCAACGGUGGCCAGUGCCUGCCCUUCGAGGCCUCCUACAUCUGCCACUGCCCACCCAGCUUCCACGGCCCCACCUGCCGGCAGGAUGUCAACGAGUGUGGCCAGAACCCGGGGCUCUGCCGCCAUGGAGGCACCUGCCACAACGAGGUCGGCUCCUACCGCUGCGUCUGCCGCGCCACCCACACCGGGCCCAACUGCGAGCGGCCCUACGUGCCCUGCAGCCCCUCGCCCUGCCAGAACGGGGGCACCUGCCGCCCCACGGGUGACGUCACCCACGAGUGCGCCUGCCUGCCAGGCUUCACCGGCCAGAACUGCGAGGAAAAUAUCGACGAUUGUCCAGGAAACAACUGCAAGAAUGGGGGCGCCUGUGUGGACGGCGUGAAUACCUACAACUGCCGCUGCCCGCCAGAGUGGACAGGUCAGUACUGUACCGAGGACGUGGACGAGUGCCAGCUGAUGCCAAAUGCCUGCCAGAACGGUGGAACCUGCCACAACACCCACGGUGGCUACAACUGCGUGUGUGUCAACGGCUGGACCGGUGAGGACUGCAGCGAGAACAUCGAUGACUGCGCCAGCGCCGCCUGCUUCCACGGCGCCACCUGCCAUGACCGCGUGGCCUCCUUCUACUGCGAGUGUCCCCACGGCCGCACAGGUCUGCUGUGUCACCUCAACGAUGCGUGUAUCAGUAACCCCUGCAACGAGGGCUCCAACUGCGACACCAACCCUGUCAACGGCAAGGCCAUCUGCACCUGCCCCUCGGGGUACACGGGCCCGGCCUGCAGCCAGGACGUGGACGAGUGCUCGCUGGGUGCCAACCCCUGCGAGCACGCGGGCAAGUGCAUCAACACGCUGGGCUCCUUCGAGUGCCAGUGCCUGCAGGGCUACACGGGCCCCCGCUGCGAGAUCGACGUCAACGAGUGUGUCUCGAACCCGUGCCAGAACGACGCCACCUGCCUGGACCAGAUUGGGGAGUUCCAGUGCAUCUGCAUGCCCGGCUACGAGGGUGUGCACUGCGAGGUCAACACGGAUGAGUGCGCCAGCAGCCCCUGCCUGCACAAUGGCCGCUGCCUGGACAAGAUCAAUGAGUUCCAGUGCGAGUGCCCCACGGGCUUCACCGGGCACCUCUGCCAGUAUGACGUGGAUGAGUGUGCCAGCACCCCCUGCAAGAAUGGUGCCAAGUGCCUGGAUGGACCCAACACUUACACCUGCGUGUGCACAGAAGGGUACACGGGGAUGCACUGCGAGGUGGACAUUGAUGAGUGCGACCCCGACCCCUGCCACUACGGCUCCUGCAAGGACGGCGUCGCCACCUUCACCUGCCUCUGCCGCCCGGGUUACACGGGCCACCACUGCGAGACCAACAUCAACGAGUGCUCCAGCCAGCCCUGCCGCCACGGGGGCACCUGCCAGGACCGCGACAACGCCUACCUCUGCUUCUGUCUGAAGGGGACCACAGGACCCAACUGCGAGAUCAACCUGGACGACUGUGCCAGCAGCCCCUGCGACUCGGGCACCUGUCUGGACAAGAUCGACGGCUACGAGUGUGCCUGUGAGCCGGGCUACACAGGGAGCAUGUGCAACAUCAACAUCGAUGAGUGUGCGGGCAACCCCUGCCACAACGGGGGCACCUGCCAGGACGGCAUCAAUGGCUUCACCUGCCGCUGCCCCGAGGGCUACCACGACCCCACCUGCCUGUCUGAGGUCAAUGAGUGCAACAGCAACCCCUGUGUUCACGGGGCCUGCCGGGACAGCCUCAACGGGUACAAGUGCGACUGUGACCCUGGGUGGAGCGGGACCAACUGUGACAUCAACAAUAAUGAGUGUGAAUCCAACCCUUGUGUCAACGGUGGCACCUGCAAAGACAUGACCAGUGGCUACGUGUGCACCUGCCGGGAGGGCUUCAGCGGUCCCAACUGCCAGACCAACAUCAACGAGUGUGCAUCCAACCCGUGUCUGAACCAGGGCACGUGUAUUGACGACGUUGCGGGGUACAAGUGCAACUGCCUGCUGCCCUACACAGGUGCCACGUGUGAGGUGGUGCUGGCCCCGUGUGCCCCCAGCCCCUGCAGAAACGGCGGGGAGUGCAGGGAAUCCGAGGACUAUGAGAGCUUCUCCUGCGUCUGCCCCACGGGCUGGCAAGGGCAGACCUGUGAGGUCGACAUCAAUGAGUGUGUUGUGAGCCCGUGCCGGCAUGGCGCGUCCUGCCAAAACACCCACGGUGGCUACCGCUGCCACUGCCAGGCCGGCUACAGCGGGCGCAACUGCGAGACUGACAUCGACGACUGCCGGCCCAACCCGUGUCACAACGGCGGCUCCUGCACAGACGGCGUCAACACGGCCUUCUGCGACUGCCUGCCCGGCUUCCAGGGCACUUUCUGUGAGGAGGACAUCAAUGAGUGUGCCAGUGACCCCUGCCGCAACGGGGCCAACUGCACGGACUGCGUGGACAGCUACACGUGCACCUGUCCCGCGGGCUUCAGCGGGAUCCACUGUGAGAAAAACACGCCCGACUGCACAGAGAGCUCCUGCUUCAAUGGUGGCACCUGCGUGGACGGAAUCAACUCGUUCACCUGCCUGUGUCCACCUGGCUUCACGGGCAGCUAUUGCCAGCACGAUGUCAACGAGUGUGACUCACAACCCUGCCUGCAUGGCGGCACCUGUCAGGACGGCUGCGGCUCCUACAGGUGCACCUGCCCCCAGGGCUACACCGGCCCCAACUGCCAGAACCUCGUGCACUGGUGUGACUCCUCGCCCUGCAAGAAUGGUGGCAAAUGCUGGCAGACCCACACCCAGUACCGCUGCGAGUGCCCCAGUGGCUGGACUGGCCUUUACUGUGAUGUGCCCAGCGUGUCCUGUGAGGUGGCUGCGCAGCGACAAGGCGUUGAUGUUGCCCGGCUGUGCCAGCAUGGAGGGCUCUGUGUGGAUGCGGGCAACACGCACCACUGCCGUUGCCAGGCAGGCUACACGGGCAGCUACUGUGAGGACCUGGUGGACGAGUGCUCACCCAGCCCCUGCCAGAACGGGGCCACCUGCACAGACUACCUGGGCGGCUACUCCUGCAAGUGCGUGGCCGGCUACCACGGGGUGAACUGCUCUGAGGAGAUUGACGAGUGCCUGUCCCACCCCUGCCAGAACGGGGGCACCUGCCUUGACCUCCCCAACACCUACAAGUGCUCCUGCCCACGGGGCACACAGGGUAAGGGCCACCGCACGGAGGGCUGCUCCAUCGUCUACCUGGAGAUUGACAACCGGCAGUGUGUGCAGGCCUCCUCGCAGUGCUUCCAGAGCGCCACCGACGUGGCCGCCUUCCUGGGGGCGCUCGCCUCGCUGGGCAGCCUCAACAUCCCCUACAAGAUCGAGGCCGUGCAGAGUGAGACCGUGGAGCCGCCCCCGCCGGCGCAGCUGCACUUCAUGUACGUGGCGGCGGCCGCCUUUGUGCUCCUGUUCUUCGUGGGCUGUGGGGUGCUGCUGUCCCGCAAGCGCCGGCGGCAGCAUGGCCAACUCUGGUUCCCUGAGGGCUUCAAGGUGUCUGAGGCCAGCAAGAAGAAGCGGCGGGAGCCCCUCGGCGAGGACUCUGUGGGCCUCAAGCCCCUGAAGAAUGCCUCAGAUGGUGCCCUCAUGGACGACAACCAGAAUGAGUGGGGGGACGAGGACCUGGAGACCAAGAAGUUCCGGUUCGAGGAGCCCGUGGUUCUGCCUGACCUGGACGACCAGACAGACCACCGGCAGUGGACUCAGCAGCACCUGGAUGCCGCUGACCUGCGCAUGUCUGCCAUGGCCCCCACGCCGCCCCAGGGUGAGGUUGACGCCGACUGCAUGGACGUCAAUGUCCGCGGGCCUGACGGCUUCACCCCCCUCAUGAUCGCCUCCUGCAGUGGGGGCGGCCUGGAGACGGGCAACAGCGAGGAGGAGGAGGACGCGCCGGCCGUCAUCUCCGACUUCAUCUACCAGGGCGCCAGCCUGCACAACCAGACCGACCGCACGGGCGAGACCGCCUUACACCUGGCUGCCCGCUACUCACGCUCUGAUGCCGCCAAGCGCCUGCUGGAGGCCAGCGCAGACGCCAACAUCCAGGACAACAUGGGCCGCACCCCGCUGCACGCAGCUGUGUCUGCCGACGCACAAGGUGUCUUCCAGAUCCUGAUCCGGAACCGAGCCACGGACCUGGAUGCCCGCAUGCACGAUGGCACGACGCCGCUGAUCCUGGCUGCCCGCCUGGCUGUGGAGGGCAUGCUGGAGGACCUCAUCAACUCGCACGCCGACGUCAAUGCUGUGGACGACCUGGGCAAGUCCGCCCUGCACUGGGCCGCUGCUGUGAACAACGUGGACGCCGCGGUCGUGCUCCUGAAGAACGGGGCCAAUAAAGACAUGCAGAACAACAAGGAGGAGACACCCCUGUUUCUGGCCGCCCGGGAGGGCAGCUAUGAGACCGCCAAGGUGCUGCUGGACCACUUUGCCAACCGGGACAUCACGGACCAUAUGGAUCGCCUGCCGCGUGACAUUGCACAGGAGCGCAUGCACCACGACAUCGUGAGGCUACUGGACGAGUACAACCUGGUGCGCAGCCCGCAGCUGCACGGAGCCCCACUGGGGGGCACGCCCACCCUGUCACCCCCGCUCUGCUCACCCAACGGCUACCUGGGCAGCCUCAAGCCCGGCGUGCAGGGUAAGAAGGUCCGCAAGCCCAGCAGCAAAGGCCUGGCCUGUGGGAGCAAGGAGGCCAAGGACCUCAAGACGCGGAGGAAGAAGUCCCAGGACGGCAAGGGCUGCCUGCUGGACAGCUCCGGCAUGCUCUCACCCGUGGACUCCCUGGAGUCGCCCCAUGGCUACCUGUCGGACGUGGCCUCGCCACCACUGCUGCCCUCUCCGUUCCAGCAGUCUCCGUCCGUGCCCCUCAACCACCUGCCCGGUAUGCCCGACACCCACCUGGGCAUCGGGCAUCUGAACGUGGCGGCCAAGCCAGAGAUGGCGGCACUGGGUGGGGGCGGCCGGCUGGCCUUUGAGGCCGGCCCCCCGCGUCUCUCCCACCUGCCCGUGGCCUCCGGCACCAGCACGGUCCUGGGCUGCAGCAGCGGAGGAGCCAUGAAUUUCACCGUGGGCGGGUCCACCAGUUUGAAUGGUCAGUGCGAGUGGCUGUCCCGGCUGCAGAGCGGCAUGGUGCCGAACCAAUACAACCCUCUGCGGGGGAGCGUGGCACCAGGCCCCCUGAGCACGCAGGCCCCCUCCCUGCAGCAUGGCAUGGUGGGCCCGCUGCACAGUAGCCUUGCUGCCAGCGCCCUGUCCCAGAUGAUGAGCUACCAGGGCCUGCCCAGCACCCGGCUGGCCACCCAGCCUCACCUGGUGCAGACCCAGCAGGUGCAGCCGCAAAACUUACAGAUGCAGCAGCAGAACCUGCAGCCACCAAACAUCCAGCAGCAGCCAAACCUGCAGCCGCCACCGCCACCGCCACAGCCGCACCUUGGCGUGAGCUCAGCAGCCAGCAGCCACCUGGGGCGGAGUUUCCUGGGCGGAGAGCCGAGCCAGGCAGACGUGCAGCCACUGGGCCCCAGCAGCCUGGCAGUGCACACCAUUCUGCCCCAGGAGAGCCCCGCUCUGCCCACGUCACUGCCGUCCUCGCUGGUCCCACCCGUGACCGCGGCCCAGUUCCUGACGCCCCCCUCACAGCACAGCUACUCCUCCUCGCCUGUGGACAACACCCCCAGCCACCAACUGCAGGUGCCUGAGCACCCCUUCCUCACCCCGUCCCCCGAGUCCCCUGACCAGUGGUCCAGCUCGUCCCCACAUUCCAACGUCUCCGACUGGUCCGAGGGCGUCUCCAGCCCGCCCACCAGCAUGCAGUCCCAGAUCGCCCGCAUUCCGGAGGCCUUCAAGUAAACAGCGCGCCCCACGGGACCCCGGCUUCCUUUCCCAAGCCCUGCGGGCGUCUGUACGCGAUCUGUGGACGCCGGGGCCGACCAAAGGAGCCUUUUUUAAAAACGCAUGUUUUUAUACAAAAUAAGAACAAGGAUUUUAAUUUUUUUUUUUAGUAUUUAUUUAUGUACUUUUAUUUUACACGAAACACUGCCUUUUUAUUUAUAUGUACUGUUUCAUCUGGCUCCAGGUAGAAACUUUUAUCUGUUACAAGAAAACAAGCAAGUUCUGAGAACCAGGGUUUUCCUACCCAGGAUGAAAAGAUUCUUCCAUGUUUAUAAAAUAUAAACAAAGAUUCAUGAUUUAUAAAUGCCA